UUUGAAUGCCCUUUUUCGGCGUAGACUCAUCUCUCUCGACAGAGGGAAACAACAAAACACCUCAUAAAUAGAUACACCCAAAAUCCCUCGCUCUCUCUCUAUCAGUCGCCGCAGCUUCGGCAUAUGGCGUUACAUCUGCUGCUAAACCACAUUCCUCAAACCUAACCUCACUUCCCUCUUCGAUUUCAUCAAUGUCGACUGCUACUCUCACACUCCUCGCCGUGGCUCUUUGCGCCAUUCUAACGGCUACCUUCACACGCGCCGCCGCCGGCCCCGAGAUCGAAGCCUUACUCUCCUUCAAGCAGAAUCUGCACGAUCCACGCGGCGCAUUGGGCGGAUGGGACGCCUCCACGCCCGCCGCCCCCUGCGAUUGGCGUGGCAUUCGAUGCUCCGCCGGCAGAGUCGUCGAGCUCCGCCUGCCGCGCCUCCAGCUCAGCGGCAUCCUCACCGACCGUCUCGCUGGUCUCUCCCAGCUCCAGAGGCUGAGCCUCCACUCCAACAGCCUCAACGGCUCCAUCCCGCGCGCGCUCUCCGAGUGCUCGCUCCUUCGCGCCGUCUACUUGCAGGACAACUCCCUCUCCGGCGACAUUCCCGCCGCGCUCUUCACCAACCUCACGGAUCUCGGGGUUUUGAACCUCUCGCACAACCAAAUCUCCGGGGAAAUCUCCGGCGACAUUCCGACGAGCAUGCGUGUGCUCGACCUCUCCUCCAAUUCCCUCUCCGGUCGAAUUCCGGCGAACUUCUCCGCUGCUCACCAGCUCCAGCUCAUCAAUUUGUCGUACAAUCGUUUCUCCGGCGAGAUACCGGCGGCAAUCGGAGCGCUGCAGAAGCUGGAGUAUUUGUGGAUCGACGCUAAUAACGUCCAAGGGACGAUUCCGUCGGCGCUGUCGAACUGUUCGUCUCUCGUUCACAUCAGUGCCGGCGAUAAUAUGCUGUCCGGCGUGGUUCCGGCGACGAUAGGUUCGCUUCAGAACCUUCAGGUUAUCUCGUUGCCUCGUAAUCACCUGACUGGUGUGGUUUCGCAAUCAUUGCUUUGUAACAUUUCAGUAUUGAAUGCUACAAUUAGGAUUCUUAAUUUGAGUUUUAAUUCGCUCACGGGUAUUGGGAAUAAUGAUGGCAAAAUUUGUCACAGUGUUCUUCAAGUUUUAGAUCUUCACGGGAAUCAGAUAACUGGCGCGUUUCCUGAUCUCCUAAUGAAUUUCUCUACAUUAAGGUCGCUAGAUGUUUCUGGCAAUUUUAUCUCCGGGCUAUUGCCGGAAAAUGUUGGGAAUUUGGUGAAUUUGGAGGAUUUUCGAGUUGGUAACAACUCAUUAACUGGCGGAAUUCCCGAGAGUGUGACCAAAUGUGGGGUUCUUAGAGUACUCGAUCUUGGAAAUAAUCGGUUUUCGGGUUCAGUACCCGAGUUUUUGGGGGAAAUGAGGAAGUUAACGACGUUGAUUCUUGGUGGGAAUGAGUUUACUGGUGUUGUUCCCUCGAGCAUAGGCAGUCUUGAAUCUUUACAAGUUUUGGACUUGGGUGAUAAUGAGUUGAAUGGGACUGUACCUCUAGAGUUGAUGAGUCUUGCCAAUUUGAGCACUCUAAAUUUGAGCUACAAUAAAUUUUCAAAUCAGGCUUUUAUGAAUAUUGGGGAUUUGAAAGGAUUGGAAGUUUUGAAUAUGAGUGGCUGUGGGCUUUCAGGAGUUAUCCCUUCUAGCAUUGGGAAUCUUUUGAGGCUCACCAAUCUCGAUUUGAGCAAGCAAAACUUGUCGGGAGAGUUGCCGUUUGAGCUUUUUGGGUUACCAAGGCUGCAAGUUGUGGCUUUGGAGGAUAAUUCAUUCUCUGGAAAUGUGCCUGAAGGUUUUAGCAGCUUGUCUAGUUUGCAGGAUCUUAAUCUCUCAGGAAAUGCUUUCUCUGGCGAGAUUCCAGCCAGUUAUGGAUUUCUCAGAUCAUUGAAUGCUCUUUCACUAUCUGGUAAUCCAUUGAGUGGUGUGGUUCCGGUGGAGUUGAGCAACUGCACUAGUCUUGAAGUCUUAGAGCUGAGAGAGAAUGGCCUAACUGGCCAAAUUCCUUCCGAUUUUUCAAGUUUGUCACAAUUACAGAGGCUCGACUUGGGUCAGAAUAACUUAACUGGCCCAAUCCCAGCAAGCAUUUCAAACUGCUCCUCUUUGGAAGUUUUGUUGCUGGAUUCAAAUCACAUCUCGGGCGGCCUUCCAGAGACAUUAUCCAAGUUACCGAGAUUGAAAGACUUAGAUGUCUCCUCAAAUAAUCUGACGGGUGCUGUUCCUGCAAGUCUUUCCAUCAUAUCUGGUCUACAAAGGCUGAAUUUGUCUGCCAAUGGUUUUGAGGGUGAGAUUCCGCCUGCUUUGGCUGCUGAGUUCAGUGACCCUUCUGUGUAUGCGAUGAAUAAGAAUUUGUGCGGGGAACCACUGGGAAGGAACUGCAAAAGGGUGAAUGAACGUAAGAGGAAGAAGAUGAUUCUUUUCAUCGUUGUGGUUGCAGUUGGUAGUUUAAUGCUGCUGCUGUGCUGCUGUGGGUAUGUGUACAGUCUUCUUAGGUGGCGAAAGAAGCUGAGAGCAGAUGGUGUUAAGAAGCGAAGCUCAAGUCCCGGUUCACAAGGGGCUCGUGGAAGUGAAGAGUAUGGGCAGCCAAAGCUCAUUAUGUUCAACAACAAGAUCACAUAUGCAGAAACUGUGGAAGCUACCAGGCAGUAUGAUGAGGAAAAUGUACUCAGCAGGGGCAAAUAUGGGCUACUCUUUAAAGCCACUUAUGCCGAUGGUAUGGUUCUUGCUAUCAGGCGCCUCCCCGACACAUCAAUCGAUGAGAGCACAUUCCGCAAGGAAGCUGAGUCUCUGGGCAAAGUUAAGCAUCGCAAUCUGACUGUCCUCCGUGGCUACUAUGCUGGGCCACCUCCUGAUAUGCGGUUUCUUGUAUACGACUACAUGCCUAAUGGAAAUCUAGCCACACUGCUUCAAGAGGCAUCACAUCAAGAAGGGCAUGUACUGAACUGGCCUAUGCGCCACCUGAUUGCACUAGGCAUAGCUCGUGGUCUAGCGUUCUUGCAUUCCGCCUCAAUCACACACGGUGAUGUAAAGCCACAGAACGUGCUCUUUGACGCUGAUUUUGAAGCCCAUCUUUCGGAGUUUGGCUUGGACAAAGUGACGAUUGCUACUCCAGCUGAAGCCUCUACAUCUGCCACCCCAGUUGGCACUCUGGGCUAUGUAGCACCAGAAGCAACACUGACAGGGAAACCAACUAAGGAAGCGGAUGUAUACAGUUUCGGGAUCGUGGUGCUGGAGAUUCUGACUGGUAAGAAGCCUGUGAUGUUCACACAGGAUGAGGAUAUCGUGAAGUGGGUGAAGAGGCAAUUGCAAAGAGGCCAAAUCUCCGAACUGCUUGAGCCCGGUUUAGUUGAGCUUGACCCGGAGUCAUCAGAGUGGGAAGAGUUCUUGCUGGGAGUCAAAGUUGGAUUGCUCUGCACAAUGCCUGACCCUCUCGAAAGACCUUCUAUGAACGACGUCGUUUUCAUGCUUGAAGGCUGCCGGUUAGGCCCGGAAAUCCCCUCCUCCGCUGAUCCGACCACUCUGCCUUCGCCGAGCUGAUAAAUCUACCAUGCCACAGGAACUGAACUCAUUUGUUGUUUCAUGUUGGAGAGAAUUAGGAUUUCUUGCAAGAUUGUUGUAGUAUGCUUGAUUUGUUUUUUCAUCAAAUUCAUCUAUUUUUCUAUUUUUUUUUGUGUCAUGGCAAGAAUAUGCUUGCUCUAGAUUACCUGUUGUUAUUUCAAGUCAUUAUUUCUCAACUGAAGGGAAAUGUACCAUUUUAACAUUA